CUUCUCUUUUUUUGUAACUAAAGCUUGACGUGUAGAACGUCACACGUUGUUUCUCUCUUCACUUCGGUAACUUAGCGAUAUGGGUUAUUUACUGUUAAACUGUUACAUACGCCGGACGCACAACCGGCGCCUGGAGUGAAACAGAGCCUUGGAGAGAUACGGACUAUAAACUACAGUUGAUCUCUCCAGCCUUCGAUAAGUGAGGAUAUAACAACAGGUUAAGGAAAGUGAGUUGUUAAAAAAAACGAUAGAAUGGCAAAUCCACCAAAUACUGGAGGACACUUGUUAUCCAACGCGAAUAUUAACAACAACAAAAUUAAGAAAUGUGGAUACCUCAAGAAGCAGAAGCACGGACACAAGCGAUUUUUCGUUCUGAAGGAGCCGAGCGAGGGUUUCCCUGCCCGGCUGGAGUACUACGAGAGCGAGAAGAAAUGGAAAAACAAGUCGGCGGCAAAGAGAGUUAUUCCGCUGGACUGCUGCCUCAAUAUCAACAAGAGAGCGGACUCCAAACACAAACACCUUAUCGCCCUCUAUACCAAGGACGAAUAUUUUGCUGUGGCAGCAGAGAAUGAACAGGAGCAGGAGAAUUGGUACAGAGUCUUAACUGAUUUAAUGAGCGAGGGGAAAGUGUACUCAGACGGCUCCGCAUCCAAUUCCGCGUCCUCGCUGGUGGGGUUUGAUGAGGGGAACUACGGGAUGAUUACGCCGGUAACGGCUGUGUAUAAGGAGGUAUGGCAAGUUAACCUAAAAUCCAAAGGGCUGGGACAGAGCCGGAAUCUUACCGGGGUGUACAGGCUGUGCUUAUCCAGCCGGACUAUCAGCUUUGUGAAGCUCAACUCGGAUGUUGCGUCCGUCAGUUUACAGCUGAUGAACAUUAGGAGAUGCGGGCACUCGGAGAGCUUUUUCUUCAUCGAAGUCGGCCGGUCAGCAGCCACAGGACCCGGCGAGCUGUGGAUGCAGGCUGACGACUCCGUUGUGGCGCAAAACAUCCACGAGACUAUUCUGGAGGCGAUGAAAGCCAUGAAGGAGCUGUCAGAGUUCCGGCCGCGCAGCAAGAGCCAGUCAUCGGGCACUAACCCCAUUUCCGUGCCCACCCGGCGGCACCACAACAACCUUCCCCCAAGCCAGACCGGGCUCCAGCGACGGUCGCGCACUGACAGCAUGGCCAAAAAGUCCCCCAUGAGUAAAUUCACCUCCUGUCGGAUACGCACUGCCAGUGAGGGAGAUGGCACCAUGGCGCGCACCUUGCCUGUGAACGGGAGUCCCCUCAGCCCUGAUAUUCACCGGACCCUAUUAGGGAGCUCAAACACCAUCACAGCCCAGCACUGCCGGACAUUUGAAUCCUCUUCCCUCCAGCACAGUAAGUCCAUGUCCAUGCCUCUGUCCCACUCCCCACCCACAGCCACCCCCAGCCCUGUCAGCCUGUCCUCUUGCUCUGAAAGCAGUGCUCCUCGCCCCUCCAGCUGCAAUGCAUCUGUCUCUGGCUCCCCCAGUGAUGGCGGCUUCAUCUCCUGUGAUGAGUAUGGCUCCAGUCCUGCAGCCCUGUACCUCACUCGCAGCAGUAACACUCCAGAGUCCCUAAGGGCAGACACACCCCCCUCCCGGGAUAGCAACGACUUGCAUGGCUACAUGGUGAUGGAGAGGCAGAAACAGAACGGUUUCCGCCGGUUACCAGAGCUGGACAAGGCAUACCGGAAACGCACAUACUCCCUUACCACCCCGCCCCAGCACAGGGCGCCGCCACAGGUCUCCUCCACCUCAUUGGACGAGUACACGCUUAUGAGGGCCACCUAUACCAGUAGCGGCCAAUCGGGUCGCAGCUCUCACACCGCCUCCCCGAAAGUUACCUAUCCUGAGGACUAUGGUGAUGUCCAGAUAGGCUCCAACGGUCACCUAGGUGACUGUGGCUACAUGCCCAUGACUCCGGGCAUUGCCGCUCAGACAGGGUGGGUCAAAGGUGAUGCUUAUAUGCCCAUGAGCCCCAUGUGUGUGUCGGCCCCCAAGCAGAUCAUCAACCCCCGCUCUCACCCCUCUCCAGCUGGGCUCUGCUCCCAUACCGACUCCCCUGGAAGCGUGUCUCUGGAGGACAGCGGCUACAUGAGAAUGUUCUGCGGGGCCAAGAUGUCUGUGGACAGCUCCGACGGGAAGCUCACCAACGGGGAGUACCUCAACAUGUCCCCUGUGGACCCCGUGGUCUCCCUCACCCCCCCAGACUACAUCCUCACAGACACUACCCCCCAGCUUCACCCUCACCACAGACAGCCUUACUCCAUCAGUUCCCUGCCCCGCUCUCUCAAAGCCCAGCCGCAGAGGAAGGGAGUUACAGACACAGACCAGUACGUGGUGAUGAGUCUACAGAAGAAGAGGAUAGAGGAAGAAUCCAACUACUGUCCCAUCUCACCUGUCUGCUCCGCUACACCCCCCACCUCCACUCUCUCCUCAGCCCCCUCACCCCUCAGAGCCGGCACGGUCACUCAGGAGGGGGGUCUGGUCCACAAGGGGAGGGUGAGCCGGCCUACCCGGCUGGCCCUGGACUCUCUAAGGACGCUGCCCUGUAUGAUCGAACACCCCCUCCCCUCUGAGCCCAGGAGUCCCGGGGAGUACAUCAACAUUGACUUUGGCAACACUACACGCUACCCGCCCAUCUCCGCCAUGACUGAGCGCUCUCGUUCAUCACUGGGCUCGGUGGACGGGCUGAUGAGGAGUUCCCCGCCACUCUCCGAUUACGUCAACAUUGACGUCAGAUCGCACUCUCCCAAACACGGCGAUUCCCCUUCUUCAAUAGGGUGCCUGGAGCCGAGUUCAGUGCUUCCCUUGUGUCCCAGCCAGCCUCCCAGAGAAGAGCAGAGGGAGAGUGAGGAACAGGAGAAGAUAAUCGUUGUGGAAUAUCCUCUCCAAAAGCUUGCAAGCCCUGUAUACCUGGUUGGUGAUGUAAAAGACGACUACACUGAGAUGACCUUCAGUCCUACCAACCCCCCUCCCUCUGCCCCUCUCCCUGCCACCCUGUGCCCCUCUGCUGCCACCACCCCCCUGCCCACCAGCCCGUCUGCCUGUGUCCAGAGACUCACCCUGAGGGGAGAGGGUACAGUGGGGUCCCCCCCGGUUCCUGUCGAGAACUUCUUCCUUGGGUGUCCGUCCCUCUCCAUCUCCCCUGUCAACCCAGACAAGGGGGCAAAGGUGAUCCGGGCUGACCCCCAGGGGCGCAGGCGCCACAGCUCAGAGACCUUCUCCUCCACCACCAUGGUAACGCCAGUGUGCCCGUCGUUCGCCCCUGAUGCCAACAAGCGGCACAGCUCGGCAUCGGUGGAGAACGUGUCGCGGCCGGUCCGGAGCUCGGAGGGUUCAGAUGAAGAGUACGGGAACAGCAUCAGCCCCAUGUGCCGGGAGACGUCGGCAGGCUACCAGAAUGGACUUAACUACAUUGCCUUAAACCUGAUGGAAGGGAGCCUGGGGGGUUGCAGCACUCUGGGGGGCAGUGAGGGACUGCUGAGGUUCAAGGCAGCGUGUGGAUGCAAGGGGGGCAUGAACGGUUUUAACACCAGCCCCUAUGCCACAAUGGGCUUCAAGGAAACUGCAACAGCAGUGAAAGGGCUGGGUGCAGUCUGUGCACUGGGUCCCCCAGAAAAACAAACUGAACACUGAUGGCACCGCCCCCUCUUACACCCCCUGUUCCUCGCUCCCUCUCUCUUGUUCGCCUGGCUGUGAAUGAGGGAUAAAUCUGCAGCCCAGUGACAAAGUCGCCACGCAGACAGCUGGACCAUGUGCUGCAGUAGACAACCUUUAACCUCCACUAUCCCCUCCCCAGGGGUCAACGGGACCACCAUCGUCACGGCAAUGUGGACACCCCCCCUUCCAAGCUUCCUAUCCUCCCCACAUUCGGCACCCAAAUAUUAAGGGUCCGUCGCUGCUGCUCUCUGAACAACUACAACUUAAAGGACUGUACUCAUCGAUGAAUAUCUAUGUACAUACAAAGUUACUUCUGCAAAAUAAUUAUUAUAAUUAUUAUUAUUAUUCCACUGGUUUUCAUUUGGCUUUGGCUGACAGGGCCAGUUACCCUCACUUUAAUAACCUGUGAACCAAACCUGGAGAUAUUCCACACACUCCCACUCCCACACGUUAUAUAUACGUACACAUCACAUAUUUAUUUAUUUAUGCACUUUGUUGUGUAUAUGUGUUUGUGUGGAUGUGUACACUAAAUUUGUACGAAAGAGAGUUGGCAUUUUACGAACAUAUUCAGUAUAUAACAAUGUACUAAGUUAACAGUUGCUUAAAAGCCUACCUCAGAGCAAACCAGGUUAGUACUUAUUUACACACCAGAAUUGUACAAAACAUUAGGAACACCUGCUCUUUCCAUGACAUAAACUGAUCAGUUGAAUCCAGGUGAAAGCUAUGAUCCCUUAUUGAUGUCACUUGUUAAAGCCACUUCAAUUGAGACAUG